AGCUGACAUGUACUCUCUCCUCAGAGUGUGUGAGUGUGUGUGUGUCUGUGUGAGUGUCUGUGUGAGUGUGUGUUCACAGAGCAACACAUCACGUCCUGCAGGAGAAAUCCCAUCAUCACCUGCACUGGCUCCAGGAAGAGACGCUGCUCACCUGCUCCACAGAUUCACUGUCGUCGCGGUUGAGUCUUGAACUGACGCAGGAAAGUUGGAGGUGAAGAAUCGGAUGUGAACCUGUGACUCCUCGGUGAGAUGAUGGUGUGAGUGAUGUCAGCACUGACACUGACGGAGGCUUCGGCUGAGGAUCAUCAUGUAGAAUCAAUAACCUGAGGCAACAUGAAGCUGAGCUCACCGGCUCGGCCUUUCCACUGGGGUCUCCUGCUCCUCUGGAUAGUGAGCCUCUGCAGCCGGGGACAGUCCACUGGCAACCAAAGCUCCGGAGGACAGACAGGGUCAUUGCAGGAGAGGACGGGGACAUGUGAAGUGGUGGCUGCUCAUCGUUGCUGCAAUAAGAACAAGAUUGAGGAACGCUCUCAAACAGUCAAGUGCUCGUGCUUCCCAGGACAGGUGGCGGGGACAACAAGGGCUCUGCCCUCUUGUGUUGAUGCCUCCGUUGUGCGUCAGAAGUGGUGGUGUAAAAUGGAGCCGUGUCUGGAGGGGGAGGAGUGCCGAGUUCUCCCUGACCUCACCGGCUGGUCGUGCAUCUCCGGGAACAAAGUGAAGACCACAAAGGUGGCGCGGUAGCAAGACAGAGGAUCCAUCUAAUUGGUGCGAGCCCGUCCCGGCCUGCAGCCGUCACCUCACUAACUCUGGACGCCGAGGACAGCGAACGCCUCGUCAGAUAGAGCAAAGAACAAUAUAGAUUUAAUUAGAUAUCUGCUGGCUGAGUUUUACAUUGCAGGAACUCAUUAUUUUUAAUUUCCUUUGGCUUGAACACAAUGUUAGUCGAGGUUAAUCCCAUGGAGGGGACAAUCUAUUAGCAAUUAACUUAAGAUAAAAAAGAUGCAGAGUCAUGUCCCAUGCAGGCCACACACACACGGCUCCUAUAUGCAGCCGUCUGUAUCAGUGCUUCGGUGCUUGAUAUGCAGCGCGCAUUGUGACGCACUCAAUCAAAGUUUGGAUGGGCCUGCUGGCAGACACUUAAAAAGAGAUUUUGUGGAUUUUCACCAGGCACAAUGUGAAUCCAGUCGGUGGCUUGUGACUCUCCCCGAUCAAAGCGGAGGCACACAAACACUGAGAAAUUUAUGAUUAUGUAGCAUUUGUAGACAAUGCUGUCCCGCAGACGUACUCCGAGUUUUGUAAAGAGGUCAGAUCCCUUGGACUAGCUCCUACCACAGAGAGGCAGUCUCACAAACAAACACACACACACACACACACACACACACACACCACACACAUACACAAAGGCUGCUUUUCCAACUCCGCUGGUUGGACAGGCCACCACCUGCAACGCUGUGAUGGCAUGCACACAAGCAUGAAGCCCUGAUGCAAAACAAGAACUGUUUGAAAUGCUAAUCAUGAGGAGAAAGGGGGAGAGAGGAGAGACGAGCAGCUUCUCCACUGCUGAGAGUAUUUACAUCAUGCUUUUUGUUUGUCUCUCUAAACUGAGUGCUCCUGUGGAGGGGACUUCUCUUGUAGUAAUGAAGGGAAACAGUGGAGAUUCUCUGCCUUGAAGCGAACGGCGGCUACUAACAGAAACAGAAUGUUGUUUAUAUUAUUAUAUAUGUGAUAUUAUUGUUAUUACCUCCUCUGUGCUCUUCAUAUGACUGAUAUUCCUUCUGGACCCACCUUUACUGCCUCUUUUUUAAGCGCUAAAUUCCAGCCAAACAUUUUUUUGUUUUCACCCCUUGCACUGAAGAAAUAUUUUAUAAUAUAAAACACAGCAAGCAAAAAAUCAUCCCAUCCGAGACGUCGGAUUUGAAUGGACGUCCCCCCCCCCCACUGUGCCGAUUGAAAGCAGCCGAAAACGAAGCAGUUUGCUCAGCGUUCACCUAACGUCAUCAUGCAUUAAGCCUGUUUUUGCAGUGACAAGACGAAGUGACUGAGCUUUCACGCAGUCCGAGGCAAAUUAAUGCGCGGGUUUUGCUUUGUAAACAUUCCCGUUCUAAUUAUUAUUUCAUGCUCAGGGUGCUGUGAAUGUUAGAUUCUUGUAAAAAGGCAUUUUCAGAUGUGCGGGACCUUUUUUUUAGUUGAAAAGCUCCAUCUCUCACUGAGAUCAAUGGUGUCAUCCAGAGCAAUACGCCUCUGGUGACUUAUUUUGUAGAUUCACUGGAAGAUUAUGACACGGUUAAUCAUUCGCUGUGAUUCUGAGCUUCACAACCAGCAGCGUCCACCUCGUACCUGUGUGCUUUUAUAAACCAUUCCGACGACAGUAUUUUCAAUAGAACUCAUGUGACACCAGCCCCUCGAUUAAAGUGCAGUGAUGGUGUUUCAGGACUAAAAGACCUUGGGUGUAUUAAAUGAGUGGACACACAACUAGAAGCUCUUUCACCCAACAAGACUGAACGCUAUGUGAUGGCCUCAAAAUGAAAUACACAGGUAGUGCCAGUACUUUGUAUUGGCAAUAGAUAUAUCGUGUUAGAUUGUAUUACAAUGAACAGGGGAGAUUUUAGGGGAGAUAUUCAAUGUAACUCCAACUUUUAACCAUUCAAACUAUUUUCAAGCUGGAAUACUAAACCUGCUCUGGUUCCAGCGUCUCAGUUCUCAGUCUGAUAAUGUCUGGCAACACAUACACAAAACUAGAAGGGCACUCAAUGGAGCGCUUACCUCUGCCAAAGCCCCGACAGUCCCCUUAUGAAACCACAUUUAAAUUCACUGGAUGCAGAUUUGUAUUUGGAUCUGCACCAAUUUGUGCACACUCAUAAAUAUCGGUCCCCUUAAACUUGUCUGAUUCUUUUUCAUCAAGAUUCAUGACGCCAUAUCUCGCAAUGUAUAACGACUCCAUCAGCCCCCCCCCACCGAUCCAGAUCCGCACCAGAGUUCAGUGGGUUCUUUCCUGACCCACAUCGCAUCCUAUCGCCAAGUUUGGUUGUGAUCCGUCCAGUAGUUUUUGUGCAAUCCUGCUAAUUGACAGACAGACAAACAAGAAAUCAUUGCAGCUGCAGCUCCCAAUUUUUAAUUUAACAGUUUGUCACUCUUGAUUUUUUUUUAAAUGUUGGAAGCUUGAGUGCAGAGAAAAAUCUUUUUUUUAUGAUGUAAACCAACUCUGGGAGUAAAAGAACAAACAAUUCAAGCCUAUUCUUCAGCUCUGCAGUUAAAUGGGCUGUGAUUGGUAAAGAUGCUUGUUCUGGUUUCACCUUCCAGACCUGAAAAGUUUACACAGAAGAGAUAAACUCAGGAGCUAAGCCCAGUAGAAGUAUUAUCCUAGAUUCUUGCUCACUCUCCCAUCUUUGCGUUAAUAUAUUGCACAGAUUUGCAAACCUAACUGAAGUUAAAGGUCCAAAGAUUCUCUGAUUGUUCUUGAAAUCUGAGCAGAACCUGGACAUUGAGCUUCGGAACAAUCAGCAACUCGUUAAAGCUCCAUUUCCUCACUGCUGCUGCAGAGAAGAUGAAUCCACCGGGAGUGUAAGUGGAUGUUUGACUUUCACAUCAUUUCCCUCCUCAUACUCUCGUCUUUUCUUGAACAUAUAGAGUUUUAAAUGUUUUAUUCUUGUAUCCGAGGUAGUACUUUACUGUCUACUGUGUAUUGUCUGUUACAAUAAGUCGGCUUUUCAAACUUCUGACUCUGACAUGAUGUGAUUUUCCAACUCUGACCUCUGACGUAAAUAGAAACACACGAUUGUGAAGUAAGAGGGUUCUGUUGUCCAAAACUAAGUUUUUUGAAUAAAACUUUAAAAUAACAUGAA